GUGAGAAGUGAUUAUGUAUAACGAGAGAUGCGAAUAAUAAUUGUUCCGAUAAUAUUAUUAUUGUUUAUUAGGAAAAACGAAAGUAAAAUUAACAUUAAUAUAAAAAUAGCAUCAUGUAAAGAAAAUUUAAAUAUCUCCUAUAGUGGUGCUGAUGAAGAAUUAUUAAGUGAAAAUGACAGAGCCUUAUUUAACAUAACACAUGAAAAAUUGAAACAAGGAAUACGAAAGGAACUAGGUCGAUAUCCUGUUGAUGUGUUUGUAAGAGACCCAACGCCCUAUAACAAUCUUUAUGAAAAAUAUAAUUGGAAGCAAGUCACAAGAAAUGUGAGGGUUAAAAAUGUCAUCGUUUAUGACAUCAUCAAUGAAAAUGUUGAAGUAAAAAGGAUAAACCACAUCAAUAAUACAAGUCGUACUAUAAAUGCCGACGUUAGUGUGUUUGUUAAGAACGAAGUGAUUGUUAGUACUGAAUGGUCCCAGAAAGGCUAUUCCGGUGUGUUUUUAUUCAAUUUAUGCAUUAACUCAGAUUUACAAAAGCACAAAAUGAAUACAAAAUGGAAAAAGAAUGAGACCAUAUCUACUUCUUUGAAAUUUGGUGCAUCUAAAAAUGGAUACGUUAUAAUAAAACCCAGUGAAACAGUGAUUAAAUUACUAAUGGCAAAGAAUACUAUUAUAUUACUCAAAAUCGAUUAUGCUACUAGUUUAACUGGAUCUGUGAUAGCAAAUUAUGAACCUGUAUAUGGAAAAUAUCAUUUUUGGGCGAUGUCUGUAGCUAAGAUUAUGAAAAUAAAUAAAAUUAAAAAUGAAAUAGUUACAUCUGAACUAAUUGAAAUUAAGUGUCUAACUGAUCCUAAUAUACAAGUACUGGACAAAGUUACCAAGAACAAAAUUAGGAUAAUCACACCAUUAAUGCGAGUAAAUAAACGCAAAAAAUAUAAUUUGAUACUCAAAAAUAAAGGUACUAACAAUUAG